CGCCGCCGCCUCUCUUCUUCUGUCUUCUUCUUCGAGCUGCCUCCCGACGGCAAGAAGGCUGACAAUAGCGCCAGCCAGCGACACCACCAGACCGAAGGACAUCCACGGCGAGGACGACCAGCAACAGAGCAAGGAUGCGGCCGGCCAACCCUUUGAUCGAACGAUGGGAUUCUUGUUGUCUGAAGCAAAAUUGAAGAACAUCCUUCUAAGAUUCUGAGCGAAAUGGCUUCCUAAUCCAAGAUAUUUACUUGGAUUUCAAUUCCAUUUGAAUUACCUGCGAUUUGAGGAGUUUUGGGAAACAAGCUACUGUACACAGCGAGAUUUUGACAUAUGUUUUGAACCAUGUUCCUUGUUGGUUUUUGCAAAAUUUUUUGUGGAUUAUGGUCGUUCUUGAAGGUGCUCUUGACGCUGCUAUUCAAAUUUUAAUUAAAUAAACUCUUUACUUUUGCUUUGAAUUUACGGUUGCUGGAGUUGUGGAGCUGCAAAAUUUAUUUUGGACUGUUUUAACUGUAUUUUUGGAACUGUAUUUUGCUGAGCCUUUUACUUGCUUGUGGAGAUUUCCUCCUCCACAAUUUUGAUGUUUGAAUGAUACUUGUUUUGGAGGUCGACCCGUGCUGCUGCAGUGGCUAUUUUUGCUGUGCAUUCGGGCUUGAAAUGGCAGUGUUGGGGCUGCUGUUUGGGCUGAUUUUGUAGUGGAAGUUUGACUCUGUCAUUGGGCAUCGUGUGGGGUGGUUUUCACUGCUGUUUUUUUGAAGCUGAUUAUGCUGAAUACAAGUACAACAUGGUAAGGACAAGAGCUCUUCUGAGAAAAUUGUGACAUAUCUAUCUUCUUGGACAGUGCAUUAAUUUGACUUGAAACAUGCUUCAAUUGGUUCAAUACCACACAGUCUGGUAAGAUUGAGGACUAAAGUGGAUGCGUUACAAGAAAAUGUUGCUAGAGCAAGAGAUGUAUUCAAAAAUGUUAUUGAGGGGACAAAUAACUAAAUCAGGCAUGCUGAAUGGACAAUUAGAGUGACUUUAAUUAUGUAAAUAUUAAAUUAUUGGAAAUUAUUUAGACUUGGAUUGUAUUGAGCAAUCCAUGGCAACUGUGAUGCUCAACCCAUCCUUCAGGUUCCAGAAUCCCGUUCUUUCAACUCCAUCUCUCUGUCUUAUCUUCGACACUCCCAGAAAUGCGUUUCCUAUUGCUGCUCACAGACUCAAUCGUUCAUCCAAACCGGCAGCCCUUUUCCAUUGCAUAAACCCAUCUACAGAUUAUAAUAAAGUCGGUGCUAGAGUCUUAAAUUGUGAUAUUGGCGAAAGCGGGGAAGAUGAACAUGAUGAAGAUUGGGAAGCCGAGUUCCUGGGAGAGAAGAGCACAGGUGAGGAGGGUAUUUCUUCAAAGAAGACAAAAAAGCUGCCCAAAUCUAGGUUGCUCCAUGAUACUGAGGAGAUGGAUUGGUGUGUGGUGGCUAGGAAGAUUGCCCUUGAGUCGAUUGAGGCCCGCGGGCUGACCGCGGUUGCAAGGAGCAUGGUUAGAAACGCCAAGAACAAGAACAAGAAGAAGACCAAGAAAAAAUCUGAUGCCAGAAAGGUUGAACCGUCCGUCGAAAAGGACGAUUUCUUGGAUUUUGAUUCUGAGGAAGAUGGUUUUGAUUUGGAGGGUGAGCACUUGUCUGGUAAGAUGAAUGAUAUCAGGAGGAAUAUAAGCGCGUUCGCUGGUGGUAUGUUUGAAGAAAGGAAAGCUAAAAACAUGGAAACAUUUGUGGAGAGGCUUUCCCAGUUUUCAGGAGCAUCAGACCGCAGGAAAGAAAUUAACUUGAACAAAGCAAUUGUUGAUGCGCAAACGGCCGAGGAAGUGCUGGAGGUCACUGCAGACACAAUCAUGGCUGUUGUGAGAGGGCUUAGCCCUUCGCCUCUUUCUCCCUUGAAUGUUGCCACUGCACUGCAUAGAAUUGCCAAGAACAUGGAGAAGGUUUCGAUGGCUGGGAACCGUAGGUUGGCAUUUGCUCGUCAAAAGGAGAUGUGUAUGCUUGUGGGCAUUGCAAUGGCUUCCUUGCCCGAGUGCUCAGCGCAGGGCAUUUCAAAUAUUGCUUGGGCAUUGUCAAAGGUUGGUGGGGAGCUACUUUAUCUCUCAGAAAUGGAUAGACUUGCCGAGGUAGCAUUGGCUAAGGUUGAUGAAUUCAAUUCACAAAAUGUUGCUAAUGUAGCCGGUGCUUUUGCUUCUAUGAGGCACUCGGCUCCUGAACUCUUUUGUGGAUUAUCAGGAAGGGCAUGUGCUAUAAUUCACACCUUUCAGCCUCAAGAAAUGGCUCAGAUGCUUUGGGCAUUUGCUUCUCUUUAUGAACCUGUCAAUCAAUUACUAGAUGUUUUAGAUGAUGUUUUCAAUGAUGCCAAUCAAUUCCAAUGCUGCUCUAAUGAUAGUUGUAACAAUGGUAAUAGUAAUGAUAUGUUCGCUCACCGCGAUGAAAGUGGAGCAGAGAGGGCCACUGAUAGAACACAAGGAGUCUCAACUCUGCCUGUACUUGUCUUCAACAGGGAUCAGCUUGGAAACAUAUCUUGGUCGUUUUCUGUUUUUGGGCAAAUGAAUCGAAUAUUCUUCUUCCAUGUGUGGAAUGCGAUGAGCCGUUUUGAGAAACAACGAAUUUCUGAGCAAUACAAGGAGGAUGUCGUGUUCGCCUCUCAAGUUCAAUUUGCUAACAAGUGCCUGAAGCUUGAGUACCCAAAUCUCCACUUAUUCCUUGAAAGUGGUCUAGAGGAGAAAAUUUCUCGUGCCGGAAGAACCAAAAGGUUUAAUCAGAAAGUGACUUCUUCCUUCCAGGAAGAGGUUGUCCGCCUUCUUGUUAGCACCGGGUUUGAUUGGGUAAGAGAAUAUCGCGUCGAUGAUUACACAUUGGAUGCAGUUGUUAUUGACAAAAAAAUUGCUCUUGAGAUUGAUGGUCCAACCCAUUUCUCAAGAAACUCUGGAUCUCCAUUGGGACAUACAAUGCUGAAGCGCCGGUACAUAACUGCUGCUGGGUGGAAACUUGUAUCUGUUUCUCAACAGGAAUGGGAAAAGCUUCAAGGGGGAUUUGAACAGCUAGAAUACCUUCGAGGAAUUCUUAGAGAUCACAUCUAGGAUGGGAACACCAAUAUCGUGUUAGAGGGAAGAUUUACGCAAGCAACCAUUAAAUGUACUUUGGAGCUAGGCCAACCUAAGUCGUGAUAUUGAACAUAUGCACAUUAUACGAUGCAUGUGCCAGACGGUGAAACAUCGGCCGAAUGCCUGUGCUAUGCAAGCGGGACCCACAAUCGAAGAGAGCCCAAAAAACAAAGCGGGCAAACAAUUGGUCAUGGAUCUUCUUCAUCAAGACAGCCCACACCGGUUUUAAUCAGGAGAGCCGAUGGAGGGAACCAAUUUGACAGGUCCCCUUGUUCUUGGUGCUCUUGUUUUUCUCAGCUGGAAACUCAAACUUUGUCAUUUUAUCAAAUGAAUUUGCAGUUGAUACUCAUAGCAAGCAAGAAGUAUUAUGUGAUUCAUAUUGUUUCCUUGUCCUUCGUCUGUUAUCGUUGUAUUC